GUCCAUCUACUUGGGCUUUCCGUCACAGAUGACUCGUCCCUCCGCCCUCCCUUGACUAGGACUCUGAGUUGAUGCCGCUGUUUCACCUAAAUUUGCAUAGAUCCUCCAAUGGAGGUGACACCGGUCCCCAUCACAUAUGAAUUGCAUCCACCAUUCAAUUAGGUACCUGCGUUCUGCUUUGUCCCUCAACUAGGAUAAUUCCAACAUAGGCAUUCCAUAUAAUCCUGGUGCGCUAGAUUUCAGUCCGAGGCUUCCCUGCCUUUCGCUCUCCUCCCACCUCAGACCAGGCCCCGUGCAGCCAAGAGGUUGAAGCAUGGAUCCCUCGCCAUCCCUCACGAUCAGCCAGCUGACUCUCACCAACGCUGUCCUCGCUUACCUAUCGCCAGAGUGCACAGCUCUAGAUGCGAUCAUCCGCCUUCAUGCUUGCCAUCGCCCAGCGGACUACCGUCCACCUGUCCUUCGUGUCCCCAUAGAAAUUCUCCUACACAUCCGUUCUUUUCUAGCUAUUGCCAUCGUGGACGCAUUAUAUGACGGCAUGAUGACAUAUGCUCUAUCUGCCGUCGAGGCUCUCUGCGACGACUGCAAGCAAUACAACACCUACAUCUACGGAGACCAAAUUUAUAACUGGCCCUACCUUGACCUCAAUGGCUGUCGGUGUAGCGACCAUCUUAGUCUGGGCGAGGCCCCCGCGAAGCUAAAUAAACUACCCGACAAUCCUUCUUACCAAAAAUAUUCGAUGGCCGGUAAACCAUGGUAUCAGGCCAAUCUCCUGACAACUGCCCAAACAUGCCUUGUGACCAACCCUUCAUCGCCCUACGCUCACCAGCUGACGGCCCUCGUCAAGAGGCUUUCUCUCGACGACAGAGCUCCGCCGACGUUCGAGCAAGCUUACUUCCUUUCAGCUGAGGAAACGUUCCUCAGCGAGAUUCUAUCCGCCCUUCAUUGUCGUGUAUCUUUCUUGAGGCCACGUCGGUCUAGAGGAGAUAUGUGUGUCGUGAAACCGACGGGUUUGGAAGACGAUCUAUUCAAGCUCCGGUCAGAGCUAUCACUGGGGUCAAUUAAGCUCAAUUCCGUCGAUCGAUCCUUACAAAAGUUUAAGGUGACGCCAGAUCGCCACGAACGCCCUGAAGUGUCCGGUAUGCGAACAUACCCCAGGCGCAGCGUAGUGUCAAUUUUUGCUGCCUGUGCUAUGAUUGCAUGCGUACGAAUUACUCUAAGAUGGUUCCUUUGACUUCUUAAUGACCCGCCUAUAUGUCUCAAUG